GUGAACCAGAUCGGCAGCGACACUAUCCCUGGGGUCACGAUCGCGAAGCAGUACUACGGAGAGGAGAUGGCAGGCGGCUCCGUCGCCGCCGCGGAGCACAGCACGAUCACCAGCUGGGGCAGGGAGAACGAGGGCGCCGCUUUCGAGAACAUGCUGACGAAGUUCGAGGGCGGCGUCGUUGCG